AAUUGACGCAUGCGUGGGAGUGUUCGCACGAGGUUGCGUAGUUAUUUUCGCAUGGUCUCUACCCUUACGUUUCCUUCUGUAGAUUUUUAUUUUAAGCAUGAACUACGGAGACAAAGGAGGUGGCCCUUCUGGGUAUGAUCCGAGCACAGGAUAUUCUGUGAACAGAGGAGCUGGAUUGUCACCAUAUUUGAAUAUUGAUCCAACAUAUCUAAAUCAGGGGGGUGCAGAGUUUGUCUUUCCUUCAGACAGUAAAAAGAAGAGAAGUUUGGGCGAACAGAUGUUUACUGGGGUUGGAACAUUAUACAUGUGUGGGUUGGCUGUUGGUGGAACAUGGGGUCUGUAUGAAGGUCUGCGGAAUCCAGACGGAAAAACUAUGAAGCUUAGAAUAAACAGUGUGUUAAAUGGUUGCACAAGGAGAGGUCCAUCAUUUGGAAACAGUUUAGGAGUUAUAGCUGUCAUGUACUGCAGUUUAGAGGCAUUAAUUAGCAAGGUACGAGGAGGAGAGGAAGACGAGUUCAAUUCCAUUGGUGCUGCUACUCUUGCAGGAAUGAUUUUUAAAUCGACAGCUGGUUUACGGCCCAUCGCCAUCGCAGGUGCUGUGGGAGGAAGCCUGGCGGCGGGUUAUCAUUUUGGACAAAAGCUACUGACUAGCAGAGGACACACUAUCUCGACACCUAACUGGGCAUAGCCCUGUUUUCGAUCUAUGCUUUUCUUCUCUGUUGCUGUGCUUUGAACCUUGUGCAAAUAUCAGGAAGUGAGCUGAAAGUGGCAUUUAAUUGUUGCACCACAGAAAUACCAAGGAGAGAAGACUUUAUUAUUAUUAUUAUUUAUAAUAAUUUUGCGCGCUAUUCAAUUUUGAGGGUAUCUGUUCCAAAGACGUUAAGGUCAGCAUUCAACAACAAAAACAUUACAACCAGAACAUUAACAAGCCAGAAUUUAUCCUGGAAACUUGUGGAGACAUACAAUAUCAUGGAUGUUGCUUAUGAACUGAAUGUGCAGUUAUGCAACAUAUAUAUGACCAAGAUGACAACAAGAAUGUUGUACUGAGGGAGGACUACACUGGGUUUUAAUUGCCACAUAGCAGAAAUAAAUAGUGCAAAAAAUAAAUAUCUUUCCAGUUAAAAGAAAAAAAGUUGACUUGCCAGUCA